AUGCAUGUUCAGAUCAAUCCUGAUGCAGCUUUUGCCGAUGCCUUUGAAGCCAAAGGUGCCACUAUAGCCAAAUACAUUAUCACCGCCGGGGCACUUGCUGGAAUGCUUAAUAAUCUGCUUAGUGGUAUCUUUGCACUUCCACGAUGUGUGUACGCAAUGGCUGACGAUGGCCUACUAUUCUCAUUUCUUGCAACCAUCAAUCGAAUCACAAAGGUUCCACUGAAUGCAACCCUCGUCUUCACUCUCGUGAAUGCAGUGAUUGCGUUGGUGUUCGAUUUAGCGACACUUGUGGAUUUCCUUUCUAUCGGAACCCUUUCGGCCUAUUCGAUGGUUUCAGCCUGCGUGUUGAUCCUUCGUUAUCAGGCUGCGCCACUUGAUGGCGAGGCAGACAGGUUUGACACCGGUGGUAGGAUCAAGGCAUGGGUGCCAUUUCGAAACUCCUGGGAAAGUCUCCCUGAAGGCCGAUCUAUCGUUAUAGCUGUUCUUACCCUAAUCUUUAGCUUUUUCUGGCUUGCCUUCACUGUUCGAACAGGUUUCUUGUUUUCAACUGGUGGUUACAUUUCCCUUGGACUGAGCUCAGUUCUGGCCGUUUUAGCCUUUUCCUUCAUUUGUGGACACGAGCAAAAUUCUUUAGAUUUGUACUUCCGGGUGCCUUUCGUUCCAGUGAUUCCAAGUGUAGGACUGCUCAUUAACGUCUUUAUGAUGGCGUAUUUGGACUACAUCACAUGGAUUCGUUUCUUUGUAUGGAUGCUUAUAGGACUCGCGAUUUACUUCCUAUAUGGUAUACGUCACAGUAAAGAAGGUAGGAAAAUGAGAGUGGUUGCUGAGUCGAGCCUUUCAACAAUUUCCAAACUGAAUGGUAAAACCUAG